CCCUCUCCACAACGACGACAACGUCUUCUUUUCUUUUUUAGAUUUCACUUUUUCACUUUACACGUUAAACAACACAAAUACAAGAAUGCAAAAGUGCUGCUGCUGUAUUUCGCUAAGAGUUGGCGUUCUGAUUAUCGCGAUUUUGGAUCUGCUUGCUAGUGCCGCAGCAGUCGCUUACCUCGCCAUCGCUCGAUCAGACAUCUUGUCUUACGAUGAAGCGACCUAUGUUAAUAUGGAAGCAGCUUACUACGCCGGCCUUGCGAUCGGCUGUCUGGCUAUCGUCACAGCACUGUUCGGAUUCAUUGGUGCUAUUGCUCAAAAGCGAGGCUUGGUCAACAUUUUCAAAUUCGUCUAUUGGAUCAUGACUCUCUUGGCUUUGAUUGUCUCAUUUGCAACGUGGAUCUUUUUGAUUGUUCGUCGUGAGGAUGUCGUGUCUGGCUGCGAGUUUUACCUUGAUAACUAUGCUGAUCAGUACGGAUACUCCGGAACAGAGGCUGCGGAUGCGUGUAACAAGACCGUCACUGGAAUGUUGGUUGGUGGCGGUGUCGGUGUCGUGGUUGGCAACAUCAUAGGGAUAUACUUUGCAUGUGUUGUGUCUGCGUACGCAUCCCGCCUCAAGCAGCGUGUUCAGCAUCAUCCACUUCGCGAUUUGGAAGAUUUCCCGCAGACUUCUUACAAGACGUCAGUGUAUUAAAAAACAUAUCAUCUUUCCUACUCUUUUACAUACAACAACUAUUCCUUUUUUCUGUAAAACACUCUCUUCCCAGACUUAUCUAUUCCAUAGCAACGUCCCCCAUUAUUUUUUAGCCCACAUAGUCUGUGUAUAUUAACUACUACUUCCACUCGUUCAUUCUCUCUUCUUUCAUUUAUACAUACUUCUUUCUCUUUUAUCCUUCUCCUCGCACACACAAGAACCUCUACUUUUGCAACCCAAAAUGUAGUAUCAUCCCUGCCUUAUUUUUACAUUUACCCAUUGAAAAAGAUUUCUUUUCCGAAACUAUACCAUUUCUUGGCUAUUUUUUGUUACUGGGCCACAGUUGUGUCACCUGUUUGAUGGAUAGUAAAGCGCGGGCUUUGCUCUGGUGUAACCAUUGUCCCAAGAA